AUGACUACGCCCAAGUCUUCCGGUCAUUAUCACCUAGUUGCUUGCCAAGUGUGUGGAAGUUUUAUACAACCAGACCCAUCGUUGGACGCAAUCGAUGAGCAACAGAUUGUUAAAACUGGUUGUGGUUCUAGUGCAAACAUCGACGAAUCGUACAAUGAAAUUCAACAAGGAGGAGUAUGUAUGAUCACAAAAGGCUCUAUGAAAUCUCAAAGCAGUUUGGAUAGUGCGAAUGACUUCGCUUUUGUUGCUAAUGAGUUAACAAAAGGUUAUGAGGAGAAAAGUAUGAGAGAACAUCGAAAUGAUAUCAAUAAAAUAUUCGAUUAUCUUUCUGAACAGUACAUAUUCGAUCAUCCACUAUGUCAAGAUUGUACCGAUACCCUUCUGGAUAAAUUAGACAAUGAUUUACAAAUGGCAACUCAUGAACUGACGAGUUACAAAAAGCUGCUCGAACAACUAAAUUCAACGACGUACAAUGAUGAAGAAUAUGAAAGUUUGCAAAAAGAACUUCGCGAUGUAUAUGACGAAGAAAAAAAGCUCAAAGACGAAUUGAUCGAACUUGAACAAGAACAUAAUCGUGUGAAACAAGAAACAGAUGAAUGUACCAGAGAAGAACAGUUGUUGGAACUGGAGGAAAUCAAAUAUUUGCGUGAAUAUAAUGAAUAUAAACGUUUACUUUUCGAAGCAGAAGACGAACAGAAAAGCAUUGACAAUCAAAUCAAGCAUGCACGAGCUCAGUUCGAUAAAUUAACGAAAACGAAUGCAUUCAAUGCGGCAUUUCACAUAUGGCAUCAAGAGCACUUUGGAACGAUUAAUGGUUUCCGUUUAGGACGAUUACCGAGUAUAAAUGUCGAAUGGUCAGAAAUUAACGCUGCACUUGGUCAAGCCGCGCUACUUUUACAUUCAUUAGCGAAACGAAUCGACUUACAAUUUAACAAAUAUAAAAUCGUGCCAUUUGGUAGUCAUUCAUUCAUUGAAGAAUUGAAUGAGAAAAAGAACGGAAAACCAGCACAACUACCACUUUACACAGUGAAAAGACAUUUUACGUGGGAUGGUCCAUUUGAUCAGGCAAUGAUCGCAUUUCUCGAUUGUCUGAAUCAGUUAAAACAAGCUAUUGAAACCAAAAAUCAUCGCUUUUGUUUGCCCUAUAAGAUGAACAAUAAAGGGCUCAUAACGGACAGCAACGGGCAAUCAUUCAACGUCAGAUCUCAAGUCAGUUCACCGGAACAAUGGACAAAAGCACUGAAGUAUUUCCUGACAAAUUUGAAAUGGGGUUUAACUUGGAUAACGAGUCAACUCCCGGACGACAUGACCACGAAUACAACGGAAAUAAAACAAACUUGA